UAUUCAAACCCCAGCAUUUGAAAUAUCUUCACACAGAAAUCACCGGAGAUUUGCAGAGGGAGAAUUUACGGACGGUGACAGAGAUGGGCGCAGUGAACAUCUGGAAUGCCAUGGAAGUCUCCGGUGAAGCUCGUAAUAACUAUGACUUUGAGAUUGUUCAUUCUUCACUCAUCGUCGAUCACUCCCUUCCUUUGUCGGAGAUGAAACCUCGCCUUGUAGAGCUUUGCAAGGACCUAUUCAAGCACUGGUCAAAUUUGAAUGAAUCACAUUUUUUUGCCGAGAAAGUGUCUGGUGGCAUUACGAAUCUCUUAAUGAAGGUAUCCGUAAAGGAAGAAAAUGGGAAUAUGGUGCAUGUGACAGUUAGGCUAUAUGGUCCAAAUACUGAAUAUGUUAUCGAUCGUGAAAGGGAAUUGCAGGCCCUUCAUCACCUCUCCGCUGCAGGGUUUGGUGCCAAGUUGCUAGGAGUAUUUGGGAAUGGAAUGGUGCAAUCCUUUAUAGAUGCUCGCACUCUAAAUCCUUCAGAUAUGAGGAAACCAAACUUGGCAGCCGAAAUUGCAAAACAACUUAACCGGUUCCAUCAGGUAGAUAUACCAGGAUCCAGGGAACCACAACUGUGGAAUGAUAUCUUGAAGUUUUUUGAAAGUGCAUCCAAUCUUACUUUUGAUGAUGAUGAGAAGCAGGAGAAAUUUGUAAAAAUUUCAUUUGAAGAAGUUCGUGCCGAAAUUACUAAGCUUAAGGAAUUGACAGGUCGUCUUGAUGCUCCUGUGGUGUUUGCUCAUAAUGACUUGCUUUCUGGGAACCUAAUGUUGAAUGAUGUUGAAGAGAAACUCUACUUCAUAGAUUUUGAAUAUGGAUCAUACAAUUAUAGAGGUUUCGACAUUGGAAAUCACUUCAAUGAAUAUGCUGGCUACAAUUGCGACUACACCUUGUACCCGAAUAAGAACGAACAAUAUCAUUUCUUCAGGCAUUACUUAAACCCUGAAAAACCGAAUGAGGUAUCGGAUAACGAUCUCGAAGCGCUCUACAUCGAGACUAACUGCUACAUGUUGGCUUCACACUUGUAUUGGGCACUUUGGGCUUUGAUCCAGGCGAAAAUGUCACCAAUUGAUUUCGAUUAUCUCGGUUACUUCUUUCUGAGAUACGAUGAAUACAAGAAGCAAAAGAACAGGUGUUUCUCUAUGGCAAAGUCUUACCUAUCUCGCUCUAAUACCAUGUAGAACGUUCCUUCCCUCAAAUUCAAACUACAUUUUUGAAUCUUAUUUAGACGAAAUCAAAGGUUAAAAUGAAACUCGAAAGAUCGUUAUACUCUUCGAUGUAACUCUCAGAUUCUAUAAGUGUUCAAUAGUACGGUGGUUGUAUCUGUAGUCGU